CGAACAACCAACCAACACACUUCGUGUUGACACUUGGUCCACAGUUUGAGAUUUUCCGUUGGCCAUUGCUGGUACGUGGAAAUAAUGAACGUGGGCGAAGUUGCAGAGCUGUCUGUCGUCUCAAAAUGGGACACCGAAACCGGAAACCUCCGUCAUGGGAGUAGUUGACGUCACUUUCAGUGAAUAUCUAGGAACGGCAACGGGACUGUUCAACUUCCUGGAAGUUGUGGGCGGCGUGGUGCUGUUCCUCCUCAUGUGCUCCAUUAAGGAAAGCACCAACGUGAACCUCUUCUUGUUCAGCGUCAGCUACGCUUUUUCCUUCAACGGCAUCCACAUCAUGUUCUGCACCUUCUUCUCGAGGCGCACCAUGGAAAUCAUGAAGCAGGUCUUUUAUAACGUGUUCUACCAGAUGACGGCAGCAGUGAUGUACGCGGGCGCCUCGGUGAAGCUACUCAAGGAAUCCCCUCAGGUGCCUGUACACGCGGUGGUCGGAAUAAUCACUGGAGGACUGCACUCGGUCGAUUUCCUGGUCGUCAGCUAUAACACCUACGCCGCGCAAUGAAGUUAGUAGAAACAAUUGAUUCCCGCUCCCACGCGGAAGUCCUCUUUGACAAAAGCCCUUUUGUCGACAAAAAUAAUCGGAUGAAACUUUGCAGCAGGAUAAAAAUGCCACACAGAUAAUAAGAAAUAAAAAUUUAUUGUAUCCGCUUUCGA